UGAGAGCCCACGACUACCGUGCUGUGGUAAAUUUAUUCGCUUCUCGCUCGUGAGCGUUCCGCCUUGAACCGCUAAAACCCGGCGAAACCAGCUGUAACCGGUUAAUUCAAAACAUAUCCGAACAUAGCCCGUUCUUUCGUUUGUUUAGUUCAUAUAAUAGCGUUUGAAUUGGGAGGCUUUAAUGAAAUUAAAUCAGUGUUAUCCUAGUAUGAUCUUACGUUGACGGCAAUAAAAAUAGUUAAUUUUAGUGUUGGUGGAUACAAGUGGAUACUCGGAGGUUUAUAUGAUCGGUGCGUUCGAUUAUUUUGAUGGUACAGGAAUGGUGGCAGCGAUUCCCUUGUUUUUUGAUGUCACUAAAAACGAGCAUUUACAAAAAUAUCGUCUAUACCAAUUUAUGGUCGCACAAGAUUUUUUACUCAGAUGACAAGAAGUAUAGCCUCCUAGGGGCUUGCAGCAAUUGGAGAGAUUUGUACUUUUGUCACGGAAGAACGUCCUUAGCCCUUAUUUGAAAGUAAUAUGGGUGAAAACAAUAGUUUUUUCUUGUUAAUACACACCAUGACAAUUACUCAGACUGACUGUGUAGUACAGGCGCAAUUUUUUCACACUUUUUCUGGAAACUUGGAGCAAGCAAGACUCGUGGGAAAGAGAAUGAGUCUGCGAGUUCAUCCUCACUUGAGAAAUUCCAGGCACAAAAACUCUUUGCAAAGAUUGAAUUCGCCGAAUUUGCGAACUUUGUUGAAGAAAAAUGCCAUUAAUGUCAAACACCAUCUACGGACAGUGCAUAUUAACCCUCCAGUUCAGAAUAAUAAUUUACUGGUGUCUAAGGCAGAUACUUCGGCAGAUAGUGGGAAGAUUAUUCCUAAAAUAUCAAGUCCCGGGCUGGAACAUAAGGAAGUUGUACAUACCAACAAUAUCCAGCUUAAUCAAUAUUCCUCCCCGGAAGAAACCACGAAGUGGUUGUCCCUGAACAGAUUCGAAAAGUACUUGGACACAUUCGAAAGAUUUUCAGGAGAUGAUAUGUUCAGGAUGUCCAGAGAAGAUCUUAUUCAAAUUUGUGGCAGUGCCGACGGCAUUCGCUUGCACAACGCAAUUCAUUUGAAAACGAUUGCACCAAAAUUGAAAAUCUACGUAUGUCGAGAAAACUCCUCAAUCUUUAACGCCAUCUUCUUGACAUCUCAUAGCAAUGAGGAACUUAUACUAAAGCUUUCGGCAUUCAUAGGAAUGUCUCAAAAUCAAAUACGUGACGUCUAUUUGGAAGGACCUCAAUCGAUCCAUAUUCAGUUAAACAAUGAUGUUUUAGAGCACAUCAAGGAAGAAACGAUGUUUUCCGUACAAGUUAUUUCACAGGAAAGUGGUUAUGUAUUACUGCUUAAGCGGACAAACAAAUAGAAAGAACAGUUUUUGUCUUUAAAAAAUAUAAAUACCAAAAGCAGGAGGCAGUGUAUAAUAUUAAAAAAACAGUAUUGAAACACUUCAGAAUAAUGUUGCUAGUUUUGUUUUAAUUAUAUUACAACAUUAGAGAUUCCAUAACUUCAAGCAAUUGCAAGAUUCAGCAAUUCAAAUUGCUGUUUGUAUGACUAUUUGUUGUAAUAUUAGUAAACUCACUGCUAGCAUUUCUUUAUACAUUCAGAUAAACUCUGUAUUAUAAGGAUAUUGUAGUUCAAUGAAAGUCCAUUUUAGAGGUUUAUAAUUCUUACUAAUAUUUUUAUGGAUGAAUUCCAAAUUGUGACAGUAGUUGUUAAGAUAAGCAGAACAAAGUUUAUUUCGCAAAAUGUAGAAUGCCUUUUAACUGAGAGUAUAAUUGAAAUAUUUUGGAAUACAAUUUACUUAAUAACGUUUAGUAUCAGUGAUAUUUAGCAUUUUUGAAUGGUAAUAAAUGAUCCUGAAGUUUAGGAGCCUUGCGCAUUGACUAGAGAUACACUAUGAUUGACACAAACAAAUGCUUUCCUACUGCUGCUACAUUUUGCUGCUACUGGGAAUCCGAUUGCGGUUAUGAUUGGGACAACUAAUCAAUCAGUCGAUUAUUUGCAAUAUCAUUAUCACUUAUUGUCCUGUUACUAACCACUUUAGACACUAAAAGCUAUAAGCAGAAUUUAAAAUACUAGGUUGUGUACCGUACUUUUUACCAAAAGCACAAUGAAUAUGGUCAUGUUCAUAGUAGGUCGGGACAGGGCCCAUUUUUGAGAGCUUUAGACACUUUAGACCUGGGGAGGUUCCGUUGUGUCACCCCUAUCAUCCGAACUAGGUCUAUAAGGACCUGGUCUUCGCCGUUUCUGGUUCUCAGGCCAUUUCUGGAUCUCAGGCCAUUUCUGGCUCCUAUAUAUGCUAGAAUCAGCAGGGCCUCUAAAUCCGAGCUCUUCCUGCCGUUCCGAACGUCUAAUCAUUUAGUAAAUUUUCUGACUUCAUAAUUAUCUUUCACUAGGGCUCGGCUCGGUUGCAUAAAGACCGAACCCAGGAGCUACCAACUGUGAUAGACCAAUGCCGGGCACUUCCAGAGGGCAUGUAAGGAGAUUUCCCCCUCCUCGUAUCAUAGACCAUGGAUAGUAUCUUGGCCGAUCCGCCAAUCCAAGCAGAUGUAGAUGCUGCCUGAGUCUACUGUGGCCGGUAAGCAUACUGACCAUCAGACAGCACCAGCGGGCUGCGAUUUCGAAGAAGUAGUUGGACUGUAAGAUUUUUGGAUGGCCUCGCUAAGUAUCAUGUUUGGGAAAGUAUUUAGUAUCUAUUCAUAUAUUUUGAUUUUAAUAUAUUUUAUUUCGUUAAAAGUAUGACCAUAUUUAUAAUAUAUUAUAAUAUGACUUUAAUUAUAUAUUUUAAUUACUUAUUCUCAUUGUAUAUCUUCAUUAUCUUUUUUAAGUAUCGCUCUCUAAAAUUGGCGUUGUCAUAUAUUUUCAAGUUCAACUGUUCUUAAUUGCCUUUUGGAGGCACAAAACUCUUAAAAUCUCAAAUUACUUGAAUCAUUUAUCUAAAUUAUUGACUUUAAAAAGAUACCACUGCAUACUCAAUAGAAAGCUUUAAUUUAUGGUGGCACGCCCAUUACUUCUUACUACCCCCGAUCAUAAACCAUCAACUAAGGGUUUUUGGUCCCUAUGACCGGGACCCUUUAUAUCCUCGAAAUUGUAACAUUUACGCGUCCACAAUGACUUUUGAUCGCGGGUACCAUUUGCGCCCAUUCCUUCCUGCCGUUGGCGUCGUGGCUGUAGAUACCGAGUUGAGAUUGUUUUCCUAUUACAUUAUAGUCUAUUCAAUUGUUUAUUACUUUAAGUAAUUAACCAGCGAAUUUCAAUAUGUCCUAGAUAAAUAUUGGUCCAUCGAGCCGGAUUUUAAUAAAAUAAUAGAAGAUAUUAAAAUCAAAAUAUGUAAAUAUUACUACUAUACUAAAUACUUUCCCAAAAAAUAUCAAUGCACUAUAUCAUUAAUGCGAAAUAUUACAGUAAAUAAUUAUAGUGCCUGAAGUUAAAGGGUAUGAAGAGGAAUGCAUGAAAUGUUGGGAUUUUUAGAGAUUAUGUAAAAAAUUAGUCAUGUAAGGAUAAUUAUAAGAAUUUAUGUGUUGAUACUAUCAGAUUUGUUAAGAAAUAUAUCAUAGUUGUGAACAAUGUAUUGGAUUAUUGUUUUUAUCGUUUUUAAUUGUUGUUUAUUAUGUUUUGCUAUGAUUAUUGAUGUUUUCUUUUUUUAUUAAAAAAAAAAACACAAACUCGAACUUGAAAAAAAUGUUAAAAUAAUUUAAAUAACAUUGAUUUUAUAUUUCUCCUUAACAGUCACUAGAUAUUAAUAAGUCAAUAUCCUCUAAUCUAGCUAAAUGUAAAAUAUUUACUGUCUGUGUACAUAUGAUAGGCAAAAGUCAAUCGUGGCUACGCCAGUGAGAGAAUGCUGAGCUGUACACAGAUCUUCUGAUCUAGAUGUAUAAAUAUAAAACAUUUUUAAAAUAUGCUAACAAGAAUUUUCGUGCCUUUACUUAUAUUGCCUUGUACACUUCAAACUUUAUGGUCUUAAACAAUUAGGGUGCAGUUUUCUUGAUUUUUUAAUCCUUUAAAAACGUAAAGUGGAUCUAUAAUUGAUUUAUUUUUUAUAAAAUUCAAUAGAUAAGUACAUAAAUUGUACACAGAAAAUCGCUUACCAUAAACAAGUAGCAUGUGAUAUUUAGAUUUGGCACUGAAGUCCAUUAUAAAUGGUUCACUGGAUUUUUGCACAAACGUUAUCAUUUAUAUUAAUGCGAAUUGAAUCAAAGAUUUAAGUUAAAAGUAGAUUCCUAAUAAGCAUUGUACAAUGUCAAAUAAUAAAAUGUCAAUUUAGAGGUUUCAAAAUAUUAUUUCUCGUUAUUAGCUUAUAAAUAUAUUCCAAGAACAGUAAAGUAAUAGAAGAUAUUUACUUUUUGAAAAAAUCCUAAAUGCAGGUCAUGCAAUUGGAUUAAAAUUUCAAAUACGAAAAGCAAAUACAGUGUCACUUGUCAGUUAAAAAUCUCAAAAUUCACGGUGUGUGACUCAAUCACUACACUGCGUCAUAUUGCUGUCUUUAUGUAAUGGUUUCUUUUGUGCGUGAUACAAAAGGAAAAUAAAAAAAUUAAUUCAAGAAUAACGUCGCACUUGUACAAAGAUCCAACGUACAGACUAUAUUGAUAGACUACAAACUAUUGAUUGAUUAAUAAUAAAGCUUGUACUUAAAUUACUCAAAACUCUUUGAAAAAACUACCAAGAAUUAAAAAAAAUUGAUUGGACAACACGUUUAGAUCAUGAUUUGUUGAGAAAAUUCAGAAGUAUAUGCACAAAACGAAGAAUCCAAUAUACAUGAGUUGUGUUUUGUAGUCCAUAAAACAAAAUGGGAUUCCAAUAAGAGGUGGUUUUGUAAACAGUGAAAUAAGAGGUUUGUUAAAAAAAAGUGAAUUCAAAUUUCAAGUUCUAUGUUAAAGUUUAUUGCUUUAUGUAGUACGUCACGGAUUAUGCUGCUGUACGCAGUACGCAGAUCGAUUGAUUUGUUUAGAGCAGAGGUUCUAAAAUAAAAAUAGCUAUUAUGAUUGCCAACCUCCAUAGGGAGAAAAUUGAAGAAGAAGAAGACGCAGUGUGGACUUACAAAUCGAAUUCAUAACACAGUUUAAGCCACAUGCUCUUAAAACUAGGAUACCAAUGAACAAAGAAUGUAAUAAAAAAAUAUUUAAUCAGUUUUUGUUUAUCUUUUAGAACUUUCUAUUAGAUGGUACUACUACUAGAUUAGUUUAGCUAUACCUAUGUACAAUAUCCUCAACAUUUCAGGCAGAUAAAGGUGUGUCAAGUGCCCAGUUAACCGGAGGAAGUUCAACUUUACUAAUUGUGGUUUUUAAACCAGGUUUUACUGUGGUGUUAUGAACUGUCUCUUUUCUACAACAUAAGAAGCGAGCCAGAGGAUGAAACUGGCUGAAUAUGAAGACUUGUAUUGAAGAAUCUUUUAUCGAAACAAUUUCUAAGUCAAAUUGAUAGUAAAUAAUAUUUGCUGAUUUUAAAAAUAAGUUGCAAUGUGACUAAAAUUACUCUGUUCAGUUUGCGAGACGUAGUGUCUAGACUCUACGCUAGUAUAUAAUGAUUUUGGGCUUAUGCCUAGCUUGAGACGUGAAUAUAGAAUGCAUAAAUUUCUGGCCCAAUCCAUCAAUUUAUAGGAAAAAUAGGAAAAAAGCAAACCGCUAUUUCCAACGGCUUAAACCACUUUUAAUGAAUUUUCAUAAAGGAUCCCAAAAACGAUAAAAACUAUACUUACUUUCGAGUAACCGUUUAUACCUGUUUUCUAGCGAAAGCAAUGUGGAUCAAAUUCGAGGAAUAACAUUUUACGACUAGAUGUUAGGUUGCAAUAACGGCAAUUUUCGAUAGGUUUUAAUUUGCGAAGGUAUAUAGGACGCAAACAUGAACAAAAGAUUCUUGAUGGUAUAUUAAGACUUUACGUGUAGAAUGGUACAAAAGUGUGACCCAUUGAGAAAUUAUUAUGUUAUAAUAGUAAAUUACUAUGUAGGGUGAAAAUUUAAAAGAAGCAAUUCUAUGCCAACAAAAUAACUAACCUUUUUAGCAGUGAAGUUAAAGAUAAUAUUAGCACAAUGUCCUUUAAAAAAAAUUAAAAUGGACUGUAGCAUGAAAAAAACAUUUUAACGUUUUAUUACAUCUUUCUUAUUAAAAAAAAAUCAUAAAAGAGAUUUUUGAGCAGUUCAGGUACAAGUGAUAUUUUAUUUGUUUAUUUUUAUUUUAUUUAACUAAAAAUGAGAAACUACAUAAUUUGAUUAAUCAAAUUAGUCAGUUUCAAAUUAUUCAAUUUGAAACUACAUGAAUUUGUAGUUAUACAAAUAUAAUAUAGUUUACAACAAAAUAAUUAAUACAUGUUAGAUUUAUAUGUUAUCACUCAGACUAUAUUAGUUAAGGAAGUAGUCUUGCUUACUUUUAAUGAUCAUAUAUCGCCUUUAGUAGUGCAUAUUACUGAAAUAAUGUGCUAAAUCAUGAGGAAUUGAUAGUUUUAUUGGGUGCUCUAUUUACCGUAAAGACCAUAAACGUUUUUUUAAUGAUCAACUCUUGAAAGUCAUUUAAUACGUACCUAUUCCCGAUAUCCCUUGAUCUUGCUGUAUAAUUGGCGUUAUUGGUACUAUAUUAUCGAGGAAAAGGGCCCUUAUUUAGUAUUCUUCCUAUUUAACAUAAAUGAGUGUGGUUUUGGUUGUAUUUUGAGCGGCAAACUUUUUUAAAAGUUAAUAUUGUCUCCCCAUAUUUCGUUUCAGGCCACUACGGUAAAUAUGACACCACAAAAUAUUUACAUUAAGAUUAAGCGUUAACGUAGUUUGCUAAAAAUUAUAUUUUGAUAUUCAAAAUAAUUUCUGUAUGGUACUCUAUUUUUUCUACUGUAUCGUCUUUGAAGAAGUUAAAGCUAUUGGUGCUAUUAUGAAGAGGCACAACUUUUGUAAUUAAUCAAAAUAUAGAAUAGUUCGCUAUGAUAUUAUGAGCUACAAGAAUAAUUGAAAUAUUUACGAACUUUUUAUUCGAAUUAAGAUAUGAUAUCAGCUAUUUUAUUAGGUUAAUAAAAUACUUUAUACAAAUAUAUCUUUUGCAUAAAACUAGAGAUAGUAAUAAUGUAUAAAAUUAUCUUAUUUUUUGCUAUAAAUGUAUUAAAAAGUUAGCAACUGAGUAUCAACGAUAUUAUUAUUAUGCGUCAACAAAUGAGUUAGAAAUAUCAGUUUUUCAAACCAGUUCUUACUGGUUUCUACUGUAUUUCCAUACGUAACAUUUUUAGAAACCAUUGCCAUUACCUACACUGUAUUAUUUAUCAUAUACUUAUUCAUAUACCGUAAAUAUAUUUUAUGUUAUUAA